AGUAGAAAUGAUGCUAUCAAAGUAAGAAAAAUAAGUCCUAGAAUGAUCCAACAUUGUACGUUAUCGUACGUACAUGAAUCGCAAUCUUAGACGCCAGCUUGAUCGCCUCUCAGAUUUACUUUGUACUUCAAGGUUUUUGCUGACAUACUUGGUCUUAAUAUUACCACACACAGCAAUGGAGUCUAGUGCUGGAACAGCGUCUGAAAAUGGAGUGAAGAUGAGAUUUGAGAAUAUUAAAAAAUCACCAAAUGAUAAUAGAGUCUACAGAGGAUUAAUCCUCAAUAAUGACAUGAAAGUUCUGUUGAUAAGUGAUUCAACCACCGAUAGAAGUGCAGCGUCUUUGCAUGUUAAUGUUGGAUUCAUGAGCGAUCCGGCAGGAUUACCAGGUCUUGCUCAUUUGUGUAAGCACAUGGUCUUGCUCGGUACCCAGAAGUAUCCAAAUAACAAUGAAUUCUACUAUUAUGUAUCUGAACAUGGAGGACAUUUAAAUGCCUCUACACUGUUGGAUCGUACGGUGUAUUACUUCGAUAUUGUUCCAAACAAAUUAGAAGAGGCUCUCGAUAGAUUUUCACAAUGUUUUCAUAAGCCGUUGUUCGCAGAGUCCAUGAUGGCUCCCGUGAUUAAUGUCAUUAAUUCCGAGCACAAUACCGCUGACGAUUCCAUCAAGUUUAAUCAAUUGCACAGAUCCUCAGCUGAUCCUGAACAUCCUUUUUCCAAAUUUAAAACUGGUAAUGAAGAAACUCUUUAUGUGAAUCCGAAAAAAAAUGGAAUCAAUGUUCGAGACCAACUACUCAAGUUUCAUGGAGCCUGGUACUCGGCUAAUAUCAUGGCCCUUAGUGUUAUCGGACGAGAGAGUUUAAACGAUCUAGAGAAGAUGAUAGUGAAGAUGUUCGCUGAAGUGCCGAAUAAAAGAGUCAAGGCCCUGGAGUGCCUACAUCAUCCAUUCAAUAAGAAUCAUUAUGGGCAUAAAUGGUUCAUAGUUCCAAUGGCCGACAUAAGACUGUUGAAAGUGUUUUUCCCACUUCCGAAGUUACAAGAGCACUAUAAAGCUGAUCCUACACACUACAUCUCUCAUCUCCUUGGUCACGAAGGUGAUGGUUCGCUUCUAUCAGCCCUGACGAAGAAGGGCUGGGCGAAUAAUCUAUCUGCUCAAGAAGAUCAAGCUGCCAGAGGUGAAGUGAAUUUUUUCACUGUUCUUCUUAAUUUAACAGAAGAGGGCGUCGAUUAUAUCGACAUUAUAAUUUCUCUCAUGUUCCAGUACAUCAAUAUGCUGAAAAGUGAAGAUCCUAUUCGAUGGUUUUUUGAGGAACACCGACAAAUAGAGCAAAUGCACUUCAAUUUCGGAGAAAAACUACCUCUGCAGUCAUACGUAAAUGCCACAGCUGAAGCCCUGCAUAAGUACCAAAUGGAGGACGUUCUGAUUGCCCCGUGUUACCCUAGUGAAUGGCGCCCAGAUCUAAUAAAACUCGUAAUCGAUCAUCUGAGUCCCCAGAACAUUCGAAUUCACGUUAUCGGAAAGGAAUUCGAGCCAAUCGCCACAGAAACAGAAAUCUGGUACGGUACAAAAUUCAAGAAAGAGAAGAUCCCAGAUUCCGUCCUCAUGAGGUGGUCAGAUGACCGUCGCCACGAAGAGCUGAAGUUUCCAACUAAAAACGAGUUAAUUCCGACAUCCUUUGAAAUAAAACCGAUCGACCGCAGCACUAUUGAAAAAUUCCCAGUAAUAAUAGAAGACAAUCCUUUUAUGAGGGUAUGGUUCAAGCAGGACGACAAAUUUCUCGUGCCCAAAGUCAACUUGAUCUUCGAGUUCGCCACACCUCUGGCCAAUUCUGACCCACUGAGCUGCAAUUUAACGUUCAUGUACAUCGAACUCGUCAAGGACUCUCUGAAUGAAUAUUCAUACAAUGCUAGUCUUGCUGGCUUGAACUGGGAUUUUACCGACAGUAAAUACGGUGCAUCAUUGUCUGUGGAUGGUUAUGAUGAUAAACACAGGAUUCUACUCGAAAAAAUUAUGGAUAAAAUGGUUAAUUUUACGGUUGACAAGCAACGCUUUGAAAUAUUGAAAGAGGAGUACACCCGUACGUUGAAGGAUCAUAAAACUGAAAAGCCGUCUGACCAUGCUGUUUAUUAUCUGGCAGUUCUGCUUGCUGAACAAGUGUGGACCAAUGAUGAACUCCUGGAUGCCGCUGAUGAUAUUACAGUGGAGAAAUUAGAAGCAUUUGUGCCUCAGUUACUGUCAAAAAUGCAUGUAGAGAGUUUGGUCUAUGGGAAUUUGACGAAAGCUGAGGCGUUGGAGAGUGUACGACUCGUUCAAUCGAAAUUAACAGCUGAUCCAACGAAUCGGGGUAACAGAACACUAGUACCUCUGUUACCUAAACAUAUGUUGCCGUAUCGGGAAAUUAAUCUUGAAGAAGGCUGUCAUUUUCUCUAUGAGGUAGAGGAUCAUCAUCACAAGUCAUCUUGCACUGAAGUUUAUUAUCAAAGUGGAUUGCAAUCAACUGAAUCCAACGUGCAGUUGGAGUUGCUCGUACGAAUGAUAACUAAGCCGUGCUGUAAAGUUUUGGAAACCAAGGAAAAUCCGGAGUCCAUCAUUCAUUGUAAAGUACGGAGGAGUAAUGGGGUCCAAGGGUUGACAUUCAUGGUAGAGAAUGACGAACAUCCUCAGUAUGUCGAGGAGAAGAUAGAUGCAUUCAUAGAGUCGAUAUUGGGGCGAUUGGUCGAUAUGCCGGAUCCUGAAUUUAGCCAGCAUAAGAUGUUACUUACUACUGAGAUGCUCGAGAAGUUCAAGACGAUGACCACUUUGUUCGAGAGUUUCUGGAAUGAAAUCUCUACUCAGCAGUAUAAUUUUGAUCGCGUUAAUAUUGAAGCCCAAUAUCUUAGGACGAUUACUAAGGAGCAGAUCAUUAAUUUCUUCAAGGUGAGUUUAUAUAUC